GUGUACUCGGUGAGACGAGAGGGGACGCACUUACCGCUCUCCCUUUGAUUUGAUCUUCACAUUUUAAGUGUAGUCUUUCAUUCGUAGUUUCGUUAGACCCACGACGGAUACCCGGACCCCUAUUUAAACCCAGCGUGGCGCACUGCGGGAGUCAUAUUCGUCGUGUUUUACGCACAAGUCGAGAGGAAUCUGCCAAGUGGAGUGGAGUGAAGUUUUUCCACAUUGUGCCUGAGGAAUGAAAGCAGUGCCGGAGGGAGGAAGAGCCCCAACUCGCUCCUGGUUUGAAUGAACAAAGGCGCUGAAGGAGAGGAGACUGCAUUCGCCAUGGAGGAACCGACUCUACCGGGAUCACCAUCUCCUGUCCCAGAACUGGCUGUGGACCAGACCAGGCCGGACCCUGAGGGGGAGAGCAGCCCCCCCACUACAGAAAGCACCCCCAGAAUGGAGACCCCCACUAAGAAGGACCCCAGGCUGGAGACACCUACCAAAGCAGAUGUCAUCUCCCAGUCUCCUCGGUCUCCUGCAUCACCUGCCUCCAGAUCUAAAAAAGACAUCAUGAAGUCAGAAGAGAGGCAAAAGCUUGCCAAGGAGAGAAGAGAUGAGAAGGCCAAAUAUCUGGAAGAGCUUGGCAAGUUACAAGCAUCUAAAAAGAACCAGUGGUUGGAGAAAGAGGAAAAGGCAAAGCAGCUGAGGGAUCAACAACUGGAGGAGCGUCGUAGGAAGCUGGAGGAACAGCGACUGAAGGCGGAAAAACGGCGAGCUGCCCUGGAGGAGCGGCAGAAACAAAAACUAGAGAAGAACAAAGAACGCUAUGAAGCAGCCAUCAAUAGGUCUGGGAAGAAGACAUGGGCAGAAAUCCGGCAGCAAAGAUGGUCUUGGGCUGGAGCGCUGAGCCAAAACUCAAGUCAGAAAGAAAGCAGAUGCUCUGUGUCUACGGUCAACCUGCCCAAACAUGUGGACUCACUUGUUAUAAACAAGCGCCUCUCCAAGUCCUCGGCCACACUUUGGAACUCCCCCAGCAGAAAUCGUAGCCUUGCACUAAGUCCAUGGGAGAGCAGCAUUGUUGACCGACUGAUGACUCCCACUCUCUCAUUCCUCGCUCGAAGUCGCAGUGCUGCCAGUGUCCUGAGCAGCAACAAAGAUGGACAUUCUCCUCUGUGUCCUCGCUCGUCCUCAGCCAGUCCUAUGACACUCUGCUCCCACCAAGCCCACCACCGCUGCUCUGAACGGUGGAGGGUCACGUCCAGCACCCCUGACAUCCUACAAACACAGCGCAGACGCAGCUCCACUCCCAUGGAUAAAAACAGAAAAGAGAAGAAGGACAAGGAGCUAGAGAAUGAGAAGGAGAAAAGUGCUCUCAGUAAAGAAAAACUUUUGAAGAAAAGACAGUCUUUGCCCAGUAUGAGACACAGGCCAGACCCAAGUCCCAGUCCUUUAUCCAGACAGAGGCCUUCGUCUCCAGCCACAUCCAGAGGCAGACCGGCCAGCCCUGCUGCUUCAGCAAAGGGAAGUCCAUCCACCCCUAAGAGUCGGCCAAAGAGAGCCAGGACUCCUGCAAGAAUAGACCCCCGCACCUCCUCUCCUGCCCCCCUCCAAAGAGUCAGAGAGCCCAGGAGGGCUGCCACACCAGAGAGAAGAGGCUCUCCAGUUGUUCCUCCAGUACUGUCAGCUGCUUCCACUCCUCCACGGUUAAGUACCACAGUGUUCUCCUCACCUGAGCAGACCCAGCCAGCCCGCACUACCACAGCUUCCCCUGCCCCGGCUGCCCCUUCUCCCACUCCCUCAACCAAACCCAUGGCAGGCACCAAUGACCCAGAGGAAGCUGCUCGUAUCCUGGCUGAGAAGCGACGCCAGGCCCGCGAGCAGAGGGAACGAGAGGAGCAGGAGCGGCGCCAACAAGAGGAGAAAGAAAGGAUUGAGAGAGAGGAGCGAUUAGCACGUGAAGCAGAGGAGCGGCAGCGACGAGAAGAGGAGGCCCGGGCCAUGGCUGAGGAGCAGCGUAAGAGGGAUGAAGAACUGCGUCUACAGCAGGAGAAGGAGGCUCAGGAAAAGGCCAAAGCAGAGCAGGAGGAGAACCUACGGCUCCAGAAACAAAAGGAGGAGGUUGAGGCUCGGGCCCGUGAAGAGGCGGAGAGGCAGCGUCUGGAGAGAGAGAAGCACUUCCAGAAGGAGGAGCAGGAGAGGCUGGAGAGGAAAAAGCGUCUGGAGGAGAUCAUGAAGAGGACGCGUAAGACAGAUGGAGGUGACAAGUCAAAGUCACCUGCAGCUGCACCAGCCUCUAACAAAGAGGCAGAAAACAGCAAAACAUCUGCAGAUUAUCAGUCCAACACGGAAGUAAAUGUGCCCCAGCACAAGGCUAAGAAUGGGCAGAUCUCAGAGCCUGAAAGUUUGCGUGGAAAUGGGCCUCCACAAGGUCAGUUGAAUGUCAUCUCGGACUCAAUGCAUGCUGCUGCUGUUGGUUCAGUUCAGUAUGACUAG